UGUUUCACUGAAGCAGGUGACAUCCUGUGAGAAAUGGAUCAAAAGUGCCUUUCCUCUUCAAGAAGAUGCCUGUUAGCCAACAGCCUGUUGCUGGUACCUGGUUCAAGAGGAGGUCAAUUUGUAUUAAAGAUGCCGGGCUCUGUCACCGCAAUGUCGACCGGCAGCGGCAAAAGCCAGACACGCUAUCGCACGCUUAACCACAGCGCAGAUGUGGAUGAAACGCUGUUUGGCGCCGACAGGAUGCUCCGCAAGGAGGAAAGGGAAGGGACAGAGGUGAUGAUCGUAGGCAAAGACACUGUGAUGGUGCGAAAGAAGUAUGACAGGCAUGCGAAAGCCAGCAUGAAGGAUCAGGCAGUUGUCAUCGCAGCUUCAGAACUGAACCGCUUGAGAAAGAAUGCCAAACUGGUGACGAAGGAAGAGGAGAUUGAGCAAAAGCAACGCGAGGAAGAGGCCCUGGCAGAGCGCCAAGCUAAGUCAAUUGCUCGCAAAGAGAAGAUCAGGCAAAUGGAAGAGGAACGCAAAAGGAAUGCCAUCCAGAGCGAGAAUGCCAAGGAUGCCCGUGGGCCGAAGGGUGGUGUGCUGGAGAGGGCUAAGCAGAUGCUGGAUGAAGACAUGGAUGAUGUGAAGCACAUGAAUCAGAUGAUGUUGUACUCCAAGAUAGUGACCAUUCGAGAUGCGCAAAUCCAGGAGAAGCGCAUGGUGCAAUCAGAGAGAGAAGAAGAGGAGCGCCAUUUGGAUGCCAUGAUGGAGAUCGAACGGUUGAAGGCUUUGAAGAUGUACGAAGUCCGUGAGCAGGAGCGCUUGCAGAGCCAGCGUUCUGGUGCCAAGGUCAUCAUUGAGCAAAUCAAGGACAGACAGGCCCAACGUAUGAAAGAGGAAGAGCAUCGUGACCAGGAGCGGGCAUUUGUGCUAAAGCAAAUCCAGUCCUUAAAAGCAGAAGAGGUGGAGCAACAGCAACAAAAGAAACUCGCAGCAGAACGAUUGAUGCAAGAGGUAAACGAGGCAAAUUCUGCAGCGAUGAAGAUCAAAGAGGAGAAGAUGUUAGCAGAAAAGCUGGAAGAACAGAAAAUAAUUGAAUACCAAGAAGGGAAGGAGCAGCGUGAGCGUGAAUUGGAAGCAGAGAAAAGUCGUCUAGCUGCAGAGAAGGAGCGGGAAACAGCCAGGCUUCGAGCCAUGCAAGAGAAAGCACAGGACAAGGCUGCCGAGAUGGAUGCUUUGAGAGCCAAGCGUGCCAUGGAAGCUGCUGAGCGCACGGCGCGGCAGAAGGAGCAGGCUGAAAAAGACAAGCACGAGCAAAUGAAUGCUGAUUUGAAAGAGGCUCGGCUCCAACAACAGGCAGAGAAAGAGCGGCGCUUGGGUGAACAAGCUAAGUUCGAGCGCGAUGAGUUCGAGCGGAUCAUCGAGGUGCAGAUGCAGCAGGAGGAAGCCGAGCGGCAACGACAAGCUGAAGAGCAUCAGCUACGAUUGCAGCAUGCGCAGGAAUUGCGUCAACAGAUCGCUGCCCGCGAAGAAAAGGCCUACCAGGAGCGCCGAGAUUUUCUGGAAGAGGGAAACGCAGUCCGUGCAUCCAUUGGCAAUGAGCGGAAGAAGCUUGAGAAGAUCAAAGCCCGCAAAAUCGACGAGCUCCAAAAGAGCGGUGUCCCCGAGAAGUAUUGGGCAGAACUUGCGAGGAAGAAAAUAUCAAUCUGACGAUUGACAUGCUGCAGAGAAGCAAUAGCCAAUAGCCAAUACCUGCAAGUUUGCUGCCACACCUUCCGAAACAGGCAGGUUUCAUGCUUGGUCCAUUGCACGUCGUUACGUC